AUGCAUCAGGCCCCCCAGCCGGCGGUAGGUGAGGCGGCGCUGCUGCUCAAGAUCAAGAGCUCCUGGGGCGACCCGCCGGCGCUAGCGGGAUGGAACGCCUCCGCUGCCGGCGCGCACAGCGACUGGCCGCACGUGGGGUGCGACACGGCGGGGCGCGUCGCGAACCUCACCCUCGCCAGCGCCGGUAUCACGGGGCCGUUCCCGGACGCCAUCGGCGAUCUCUCGGGGCCAGGCAUCUCCGGCAUGUUCCCGACCGCGCUGUAUCGCUGCGCUUCGAUUGAGUACCUCAAUUUGAGACGGAACAACCUUACCGGCGAGCUGCCCUCGGAGAUGGGCCCAAGCCACCUAGGGGAGAGCCUAACCACUCUGAUCCUCGACGACAACCUGUUCACCGGUGCCAUCCCGCCAGAUCUCAGCUCACUCACGAGGCUCCAGACCUUGUCGCUGUCGAACAACCCGUUCGACGCAGGCGAGCUCCCGGCAUCGUUCAAGAACCUCAUUGGCCUAGUAUGCCUCUGGGCCGAUAACUGCAGCCUCGUCGGGGAGUUUCCGAGCUCAGUGCUAGAGAUGCCGGAGCUAAAGAUGCUGGCCCUAUCCAACAACGCGUUGACCGGAAGCAUACCUCCCAAGCUAUGGAGCCUCAACAAGCUGCUGAUACUAGAUUUGUUCCUCAACAACUUCACCGGCGACGUGGUGGUUGAUGGCAAUGGCAUGGCCGCAAAGAGCCUGAUAGUAAUCUAA